AACUGUCAGUGUCACUUAAAAUAUUUUAGGUUAUGUGCGCUUAUGUAGUAAAUAAAUAACGUAGUUUUAAAGAAAAGAUAUUGAAAUGUCGCUUUUUGCGUAUGCGUCGACAGUAAUAAAAAGAGCCGCAACUUUUCGAUUUCCCUCCAAAUGUAAACAAUGUGUAAACAACAUAAAAACAUCAAAUUAUAGUUCCGUGUCUACAAGAACAAUUCACGACGUGAAUACGAACGUAGUGAAAGAUGUUAUUUUAUUUAAAUAUGAGAAUCCGAAGUUCUAUACGUAUAUGAAUAUAUUCGCCAUCGUCCAGUAUGUUUUUUGGACGUAUUUGGGUAUAUUUGCGUUUUCAUCAUUAAGAGACGCACCGGUCGACAAAUCGAAAAUAACAGAUGAUACUCCGUGGUUUCGUCGGAUAAAUCUAGGAGAAAAUAAAUAUAGAAAUACUUUGGGUACCGUUGCUGUUACUGUAGGCACUGGCUCAUUAUUAGUGAUAUGGAUGUAUACACUUCGCUCUGUUCGUUUCCUGGUCCUCAAUAAAGGAGGAAAGCAUAUUACACUUGUGACAUACACACCGUUUGGUACGAACCGUAUGAUGAAGGUACCGUUAACUGAUGUAUGUUGUAAAGAGGGAAGAACUGCUGCGCGAGUACAACUACCACUCAAAGUGAAGAAUAGGAUGAUGCAUUAUAUGCUGGACAUGAGGGGAGAGUUCAAGAACCCGUUGCUGUUUGAUUGUACAGCGGGAUUGUUCAGGAAAUGGUAGAUGAGAGAUAAAUUGAAGGCAUUUGUUUUUUUAGUGACUACUGAGUAGAAUCUACUGUGAAAACGUUCACCGAUUACUUAUUCUUGUUUGUAAGAAAAUAAUCUAUAUUAAUUAUUUUUGGUGUUCAAUAAAAACUUCUUAAGUGGAAUAAAAAUAUGUAUGAAGUUUUUCACACUAUUACAAUCAGAAAUGUGACUUUGCUGUGUUGUAUGUAUUUAUUUUUGUUGAUAUAAAAUUAAAACACAU